ACCACCUAGCCCCCCAACAAAAGUCCAUAUUCUCCAACUGCCUUCUACUACCACUAACGCACCUCCACCACUACGGCUCGCCUGUGAGAUUAUCGCGUCUUGUGAUUUUUGGGUUCUGAAGUUGGAUAAUUCUUCGUCAAAUUAGCGGAUGAAGAAAUUGUUUAUUUCCUGUAACGGGGAUCUAGAUGUUUAACAUACCCACAUAUCUCUCUGAAGUUUGCACAACAAUUUUCCGACUAAGCAUGUCCAUCGCAGACCCUUGGCCUUUUUCAUGAACCACACCACACCCUCGUAAAAACUCACCAGUUUCUCAUUAAACCCAGCUUCGAAAUCACGCACUCAGUUCUCAUCUAAUCCAGUCAUGAGAAAGAUUCGGGGCUUGAAGAUUGGAAAACGGUUGGCCCGACUAACUGGAUGGAUUUUUCGGAGAACUCGAAUACGACCCGGGUACAACCAGCUGAGCAGUCCAAAACAGGCGUGUUGCAGGCCCAAGCCCAUCUCGAAGCUGAUCAAUUGGGGUCGCCGUUUGACGAAAGGAGCUAGGUCUCUAUGUUCUGUUAAACCCGGGUCGGGUUUUGCACCCUUGGGUUACGACCCGAUAGAGAAGCUGGCCACGGUGCCAAAGGGGCACUUGGCGGUGUACGUGGGCCAAAAAGACGGUGACUUUCACAGAGUUCUGGUGCCCGUGAUGUACUUUAACCAUCCUCUGUUCUGCGAGCUCUUGAGAGAAGCAGAGGAGGAGUACGGGUUCAACCACCAAGGAGGGAUCACGAUUCCUUGCCCAUUCUCGGAUUUCGAGCGGGUCAAGACCCGGAUAGCAUCCGGGUCGGCUGGUAGCCGGUCGAUGACGUGGAAGCGCCACUAUUCGAGGUUGUUCGAGUGAUAAUGAUGAUAAAUAUUCGUAGUUGAUAAUCUUGUUUAGAAUUUUUUUUUUACCUUUACUUUUUUUUAGGUUUAAUUAGUACUCCCACAUGGUGUUAUGGGAUUUCUAUAUAUAUGAAUUUCAUAGAGGAGUUUUUUUUCUUUCAUUAUAUUGAUUGUGGUUUCC